GAACAUGUAAAACUUGAGGGAUGUUGAAUCUUGAUGAUCCCCACAAGAACAUUUAAGUAGACACUCAUUGUCUUCUAGAAUAAUUGUCCAUUUUAUACAUCAACAUUUAUUGUUUAUAGUUUCUCUUCCAACCCACCCAGAUCAGAUCCAUUUUUCUCCAUAACAUCACAACCCAAACCCCAUUUCAAUUCACUCAAACACAAACCCUAAAUCCCCAAAACUCCCAUGAAAAACCCCAUUUCAAAUUAGCAAAAACCCAUAAAAUUCAAACCCACAAAGAUCAAAACUUGAUCAAUGAAAGCUGAUAAGAAAUGGGUAUUCACACUCUUCUUCACAGCAUUCAUCUCCAUAAUAAUCUUCAUCACCUCAAUUUACAACUUCAGUUCAUCAUACACUUUAACAAACUCCCAUAAACCCAUCUCCACCGUCCACCGUGGCACCGGCUACCCACCUGCGUUUGCUUACUACAUCUCCGGCAGCCGUGGUGACGGUGACAGAAUAUUCCGGCUGCUGCUGGCGGUGUACCAUCCAAGAAACAGGUACUUGUUGCACAUUGGGACUGAAGGGUCUGAUGAUGAGAGGAUGAGUUUGAGUUUGUUGGUUAAAUCGGUGCCUGCGAUUCGGGCUUUUGGGAAUGUUGAUGUGAUUGGGAAGCCUGAUGCGACGACGUAUAUGGGUGCGAGUAAUAUUGCGGCUGUUUUGAGGGCUGCUGCUGUUUUGUUGAAGGUUGAUGGUGAUUGGGAUUGGUUUGUUACUCUUAGUGCUUUGGAUUAUCCUUUGGUUACUCAAGAUGAUAUGUCACAUGCAUUCUCCUCCAUUAGCAGAGAUGCCAAUUUCAUCGAUCAUACAAGUGAUCUUGGAUGGAAAGAGGGUCAAAGAAUCACGCCAAUUGUAGUUGAUCCAGGGAUCUAUUUAGCCAGACGAGCUCAAAUCUUUCGUGCCACCGAAAAACGUCCGUUACCAAACGCUUUCAAAGUUUUCACAGGAUCUCCAUGGGUUAUUCUGAGCCGUUCGUUCCUCGAAUACUGUAUUUUUGCGUGGGAUAAUCUCCCACGGACUCUUUUAAUGUAUGUUAACAAUGUGAUUUUGGCGGAAGAAGUCUACUUCCAUACAGUUAUUUGCAACUCACCCGACUUCAAAAACACAACCGUCAACGCGGAUUUAAGGUACAUGGUUUGGGACGACCCGCCCAAAAUGGAGCCACUUUUCCUCAACAAGUCAAACUACGACGAGAUGGUUGAAAGCGGUGCUGCUUUUGCAAGACAGUUUGCCAAAAACGACCCGGUUCUCGACAUGGUUGAUAGCAAAAUCUUGAAACGUAGUGGUAACCGAGUUGCCCCGGGUGCAUGGUGCACCGCUAGAAGGAGCUGGUUUGUCGACCCGUGUUCACAAUGGGAUGAUGUUAAUGUUGUUAGACCGGGAAAUCAAGUGAAGAAGUUUGAAGAAUCUUUAAAGAGUGUGGUAGAUGAUUCAAGAGUAGAUUUGAAUCAAUGUAGUUGAAAAAAGAUUGAAGCUUGAUUAUGGUAUGAAAAUGAAGAUGCAUUGUUUGUUGUUUACAGAGAUUUUUUUUUUUAUUGGGGGGGGGGGGGGGGGGUUUCUUCUUGUGUUUUGGGUUUGUUAUAGGUUUUGAUGUAAAGUGAUGAAUGUGAAAUCAAAGUAAAAACAAUAAGAGGAAUCCUCUUAUUUUGUAAAAA